UCUACGUUCUUUUUUCCUCCGUGGGAAGCCAUGAUGGCAGUUUGAGAGCGGAGCUGCGGAGCACCCUGAGGAGAGAUGAGUCCUGCCGAUAAACCGCACAUCUUCACGCUUCUACAACGGCUACCGUCGCAUAUCUAACACACAGUUCAGGUGGAGACUGUCAGUUGUCAUUUUUCACGGAACCAACUUGGCCAUCCAGCGACGACGAUGAUCAUUCGUUAGGAGGGUUUUGGGGAGGGGGGGUUUAGCUGUGGUGGCUAGCGGGCGAUGCUAGUCGGGGAAGGCUCGCAAGUGUGUUUUCUUCGCGCGGAGAUGGAGAGGAUUCGCUCCUCUCUCUGGACCUGAUCACGGCGCGCGCGCCGGACACACAGACUUCUGUUUUAUUGUUGUUGUCAUUAUAUCGGAUGCGUUCCGGCUUGACCGGGCCGCGGGAUCGGAGGACCUUUUCAGCAGCUCGGAGGACUGAGCGAUCGGGACCGGGAGAGUCGGGCCUGCUGCGCCGGAGCGGAUAGAGGCCCGUCUGCGAGAGACCCACCGAGCCAGCCCGCGCGCACACAUACACAGUCAAGGGUGAGAGAGGCACAGAACCAUCCCGAACAAAUAUAACCCCCUUUCUAACAAUAAACCGGAAUAAAACUGAAGUGUUUUGAACUGCUGUCAUGGCAAUGACUGCAAAAAUUAAAGAAAUAGUCAGUCGGAAUAAGAGGAGGUACCAGGAGGAUGGCUUCGAUUUGGACCUUACUUAUAUAUAUCCCAACAUUAUUGCUAUGGGUUUUCCCGCUGAGAGGUUGGAGGGAGUCUAUCGCAAUAACAUCGAUGAUGUUGUUAGAUUUCUUGACUCGAAGCAUAAGAACCAUUAUAAAAUUUAUAACCUAUGUGCUGAACGACACUAUGACGCAUCCAAAUUCAACUGUAGGGUGGCACAAUAUCCCUUCGAGGACCACAACCCGCCACAGUUGGAGUUAAUUAAGCCCUUCUGCGAGGAUCUCGACCAGUGGCUGUCUGAGGACGAGAACCACGUGGCGGCCAUCCACUGCAAGGCAGGCAAAGGUCGCACGGGGGUCAUGAUAUGCGCCUACCUGUUGCAUCGUAGGAAGUUCUCAGAGGCACAAGAGGCACUGGACUUUUAUGGGGAAGUCAGGACCAGGGAUAAAAAGGGGGUGACCAUUCCCAGCCAGCGCAGGUAUGUGUAUUACUACAGCUACCUGCUGAAGAACAAGCUGGAAUAUAAACCCGUUGCUCUCCUCUUCCAUAAAAUGGUUUUCCAGACUCUGCCCAUGUUCAGUGGUGGCACAUGCAGGGACAAUACUGUUAAAAACAGGAGUGAGGUGAAUCCCCAGGGCUUCAAGAAAGGCAGCUGGCACUGGGACCCUCAGUUCGUUGUGUAUCAGUUGAAGGUAAAGAUCCACACGUCAAACCCUGCCCACACGCGGAGGGAAGAGAAGCACAUGAUCUUUGAGUUCCCUCAGCCUCUUCCGGUUUGUGGCGACAUCAAAGUGGAAUUCUUCCACAAACAGAGCAAGAUGAUGAAGAAGGAUAAAAUGUUCCAUUUCUGGAUAAACACGUUCUUCAUCCCGGGUCCCGAAGAAGCUGGGGAGAAAGUGGAGAAUGGGUCGGUGGUCAACGACGUGGACAGCCUCUCCUCUCAGAGCCAGAGCUCUCCGGCAGAGAGGGAGAGAGAGAAGGAGAGAGGAAACGCAGCGGGGGGACUUGAAAGAGAAAAGGGCGCAGAAAGGGGAGGAGAGCGAGCGGGAAUUGCGGAUGGAGAUAAAGACUACUUGAUUCUUACCUUAACGAAGAAUGACUUGGAUAAGGCCAAUAAGGACAAAGCUAACCGAUACUUCUCACCCAACUUCAAGGUGAAGUUGUACUUUACCAAGACAGUGGAGGAGCCCUCAAACUCAGAAGCGAGCACUUCAACUUCUGUCACUCCGGAUGUGAGUGAUAAUGAACCAGAUCACUACCGGUAUUCAGACACCACUGAUUCCGACCCGGAAAACGAACCUUUUGAUGAGGAACAGCACGCACAGAUUACAAAAGUCUGAACACUUUUUGGCAUCUGCACACACACACGCACGCACACACACACACACACACACACACACACACACACACACACACACACACACACACACACAAAUACAUGCCGGACAAAAAGAAAAAACAACCAACACCAGUGAAAUAAAAAAAAAGGAGAAAACUUGAAAAUAAACUGAAGAGAAAAGGACCCUUCCUCCCCACCCCUCCAACAGCUCGAGGACAGUCAUGUCGAACGCCAUUGAUCAUAAUGAAGAAAAUAUCCUGACCAAUACAUUGUUUUACUUCAUUUUGAUUGAUGAGUUUUGUGUGUGGAUAACGACACCAUUGCCUGAGGUGGGAGGGAGGGUCCUGUAGCUAUUCUGUGUAAAUAAAAUCCCUUUUUUGUGUCAAAGACGAUAAAAAUCUAGGCAAUCAGGCGAGGAGAGGGGAGGGGAGGGGAGGAGAGGUAGAGCAGACCACAUAUCUCUCCUUCUCCCUGUCUUCACCCAGGCCAGUGCUGCAAUCACCCUCUCCCCCUCUCCCUCGCUCUUCCCCUCCUUACUGUGAAUGCUUCUCGUGCUGUCCGCAGGCGCUAAGACCUUUGACCCCUUCCUGCACAGUGUGUGCUGGUGUACGUAGUCCUUCAGGCUGUUGUACAAAGGCUACGGCAUGCCAGCGUUCCUUUUUCCUAGUCUCCCGACCCGCCCCACUCCCCCUCCCCCCACUGUGUAUAACGAUAAAUUAUGCAGAAAAACACGACAUCCCAUGUAAUUGUCGAUGUUUUUUUCUUUAUUUUUUCUUUUUUAUCCUAAGAUAAUAAAAAAAUAUAAUACAUGAAAGCGCAGGGAAACAGUGUUUGCAAUAAUGUUAACACUCAACAUUUAAAGGAUAAAUUGGUGUGCAUGUCAUUGGAGUCAGUGUCCAUGUUUAAUAAAUGCUAUAUGAUGUGUUUUUAUUAAAACAGAAGUGUCAGAACUCUCUUAAA